GUGACCAAAUGGCCAAGUAGCACAUCAGCUAACAUGUGCAACUACCUGUGAGAGCAAAUGGCCAAGUAGCACAUCAGCUAACAUGUGCAACUUCCUGUGAGAGAAAAUGGCCAAGUAGCACAUCAGCUAACAUGUGCAACUUCCUGUGAGACGACUCAUUCAAAGUUGUCACUUCAUCGCGGGAAGCAUCGUCCAACUUGGAGGCACUAUGAGUCUGGCUCUUCAUGAUCUGUUGGUGUGCUGCAGGGGUCUGGAGAAUGACAAAGUUACAGAGAGAAAGAGAGAAGCCGAGCGCUUCAGACAACUCAUACGCACUCCAGAGGUGGUGCAAGAGCUCGAUCGCACCUCAGGACCUAAAACUAAAGGCUCCAAGCAACUCACGUGGGACGCCGUUUUCAGGUUCCUACAGCGCUACGUGCAGCGGGAGACGGAGAGCAUGAAAUCAAGUAAAUCCAACGUCACAGCGACUACUUUGGCCCUUCGUCAGAAGAAGAUGGCCGAAAUUAGCAGUUUGAUCAGAUUCUUCAUCCGCUGUGCGAACAAACGCGGGCCUCGACUGAAAUGCGGCGAGCUGCUGAGGCAUGUGAUUGACACGCUGGACAACUCCUACACCUGUGCAGCUUAUGGCAAAGACUACAGCAGCCUCCUCCUCAAAGAAGUCCUGUCAGUGCGCAAGUACUGGUGUGACAUCACUCCCCAACAGUGGCUCAGUCUUUUGGACGUGUACUGUGGCUUGUUCCACUCCUCUUCCAAACCCAUUAACCGGGUUCUGGUGAGCCGGGUGAUCCACACAGUGGUGCGGGGUUGUUGUGUACAGACUGACGGAUUCACCAGCACCUUGUUCAGCUUCUUCUCCAAGGCAUUGCUCAAUUCCAGGCAGGAGAAACACUUGCCGGUCUUAGAGCACCUCGUCUCAGCACUCAACACCUUCUUGAGAGCCGUGGCAAAGAACUGUCGGACCAGGGUGUGUCGCCUGGGGGAGGAACUUCUGCCUUCAAUCCUGCAUGUGUGGACCGACAUGAGACCCAGUACUGCUCUGAAAGAGGAGAUUGUCCAAUUCUUCACCCUGCAGAUUGGCAUCCACCAUCCCGAAGGAGCUAAGACCCAGGAAACAGGCGCUCAUGCUGAGGACUGGAGCAGGUGGCGGAGUUUGUUGCACUGCCUUCAUGAGGAAUUAGUUGGAGAAAUCAGUCAGAUUGGCAGUCGAGGGAAGUACGUCACUGGUACCAGACACAUUGGAGUCAAAGAAAAUAUCAUCAAGCUCACAGCGGAUAUUUGUCACCAGCUUUUCAGUAUGGACCGAGACCUUCAGAUCGCAGAGGCCUCCCCCAGGUCUUCCCAGACAGUUAGUUCCAUCUGUGGAACACCGAGCAAGCGACGACGGAUUGAACUCAGCUGGGACGUCCUCUUCGGCCACCUGCAGCAUCAGCGUAGCGACUUUGAUAUCAUACCAUGGCUGCAGAUCACGGCAACGCUCGUCUCCACGUACCCCUCAGUGGUGCCCAGCCGGGAGACGGUGCCCCUGCUGUCGGUGUUGUACCAGCUUCUAGCGGAGCAGCGCAGAGGAGAAAGGGGACCGUAUGUGCUGCGCUGUUUACGAGAGGUGGCCCGAUGUCAGGCCCGUUCGCAAGAAAAGCUCCGAAUCCACAAGUCAGAACUGGACCGACUCUGGAGUCGGGUGUGGCCUUUGGCACUGCGGGGGGUCAGCUCGCCACAGUUGGAGGUGCUCAGUCUGGACCUGCUGGUCUGCAUUGUCAAAGGCGGACUGGUCAAUGUAGACCGAGAGUUCUGGAAGCUCUUCUCCGGAGCAGUAUGUAAACCAUCCCAGAGCGCUGUGAUUUGUCUGGCCCAGGCCCUGCUGAAAUGUCCGGUCCCCAAGAGUGCAAGUUGGGACCAUCUGAGCGUCCCCGAGGGAUCGAGCUCACCGAACCUGAAGGAAACUCUCAUUGGCUGGUUGCUGAUGACGGAUCAGAGCGACGAGGUGGAGGAUUGCUCCAGGCCUCAUCCUAUCAUCUGCAGUGACUUUCCUCAUAACAUGAUUGCAAACAUCCUGCUCUCCUUGACUUUGAAAGACACCCGGGCUGGACUCAACUUUCUUCUGGGUUCUGAGGAUGUCGAGAGUGCCAUUUUCCAAGAAUGGCCAUCAGCCAAUGCCAAAGACGACCUGGAGGAGACAGAACGCUUGUACCUGCAGUUCACUUUUAACACACAGUCACAAGUGGGCGGAGCUUACACUAUUUUGAAGAGGACGUCCGCAGAAGGACACUUCACCGCCAUCUCCUCCCUCUGGAAGAAGUUGGAGCAGUCGCUUCUCUUAGUGAUUGACAACACGCUCAACUGCUACGUUCCUGAUAACCCGUCCACACCCCCAGAGUGUCUGGUGCGCUGUGCCGGUCUGCUGACUGGGGUUCUAGCAUGUUCCGUGGCAUCAGGCUGUAUGACUGAGGAGGAGGCUGCACGAUCACAGCUCUUUACUAAAGCAAAGACGCUGGCCCAGGAGUUGAGUGGAUUUGUUUCGAGCGUGAAAGUGAAGAUGAGUGAAGAAUCCACAAUGACCACGCUGAGGUCCAUCAUGCGGCUGUGCACCCUGUCCACCUCAAGACCAAAGCAGGACAAGGUUUGCACCGUCUCCUCUCGUCUGUUCCUAAUGACGCUACCGGCCAGUCUUGUCAGCGAACUGGCCGAGAUCUACAAACUUUUGCUAGGCAAUGCUACUCGCAAAGUGUCUGUUGUGGAUGAGGAAGAAUCCACCGACGACGACUGGGAAAUGAGCAGAACGCAGCAUGGCGAUGACAUCCCUCUGUUUGAAGAGGAUGAGGAGUCCCACCUGGGGACCCAGAGACCCAACAAUGAAGCCUCGUGUGCACCAGGUGCAAAGAGCCUCUUAGCUGACCAACAUUUGGCCCAACAAGAUCUUGCUCUCCUGGGAAUCCUGGAGUUUCUGUGCGAGUGCGGCUCCAUGCAGCCCGUCGGCGGCCAACUCUUCAAACCCCAGGAGGUCCGCCGCAGGAUCCUGCUGCUGGUGGAGCAGAUCGACCCCGGCAAGGCCUUACAUCUAAACAUGUACCUCGUUGUGUUGGAGAGGCUUCCUGCUGACGACUGCCUCACCCCGGAGGAGUUUGACGCUCUGCUGCGUCCUCUGGCGGACCUGUGCUCUCUGUAUCGCCAGGACCAGGAGGUCUGUGUUUCUCUGCUUCUGGCUUUGCUGCCCUCCAUCAGAAGCCUGGGCAGAACUCAUCAUGUGCAAGUGGAGAUGAAACAUGUGCAAGGCUCCCUUCUCCAAGUGCUGGCAGGGUUCUGUUAUCUGAGCCAAACGGGGAAGUGCACCUCAGCCGCGCGCGCCGCUUUAGCGCGAUGUCUGGUGGAGUUGUUGGAGGCGGACCCAUGGUGCAGGUGGGCCAUCCUGAGCAUCAAAGAGGAGGAGCACCCCGUCUCCCUUCUGCUCCCGUCUCUUCUGGCGGACGCCCACCAUCAAGUCCGCAUGCUGGUGGCCAUGUCGCUGGAGAGGUUGUUCUUGGACCGCAGGAGCGAGCAGGCAGGCCAGAGGAAGAUGUUGUCGCUGAAACACCAACAAGCAGCCUUUGAGAACGUUUACCUAAAAGCCCAGGAAGGCAUGAGACCUGCGAAGAGCAAGUCCGGUGACGUGGCGCAGGACUCGGACGACAUGUUCAACCGGAAGAGCACCCUGCUGAAAAGUCUGUCGGUGGUCUUGUGUUGCAGUCCGGUCUGUGAGAAGCAGAGUCUGUUUGCCGUCUUGCAGUCUUACAAGGAGAACAAUAUCGAGGAGCACCUCAUCAAAAAGAUGUUGUGCAGUGUAUCAGCAGCACUGGGCUACAAGAAGGUGAAGACCUUGGUCAGGUCUCACCUGUACUACCUGGUGGCGGAGUGGCUCUCACAGAGACAGUCUGACGAGCGCUAUACCCUUGAGUCUUUCCCCUUCACACUCCUGGACCAUAGUACACUGCAGGAGUUCUACCACUCCUCCUACCAGGUGCUGGUUCCACACCUGGUCUUCCUGGAUGACUUUGAGCAGGUGAAGUCCAUCGGCCGGUGUCUGGAUCGGGACUGGAGGGAGCUUCUGGCGGACUGUUUCCCCAAGAUCAUGGUCAACAUCCUGCCACACUUCGCCCUGUCGGGUCAGGGCCCCCAGGUGGCCCAGCAGAAGGAGAAGGCCCACAGAGUCUACCACCUGCUGAAGGACGCCAACUGUUUGGGCAAGCAGCGCAUUGACAGCCUGAUCCACAGCAACCUGCCAGACAUCGUUGUGGAACUCCUCAUGACUCUGUAUGAAGGAAGUGCCGCUGAAGAAGACCGAGGGGACUUGACACGCUUUACAGGGGAACUGGACCCUGUCCCAAACCCGCCAUAUUUCAGCUCGCAUGUCAUCAAAGCCACUCUGGAGUACCUCAGCAAGUGUCACAGUGCCAACCACAAGUCACUGGUGGCCAUUCUGUCAAAAAGUCCAAUGUCCAUUCAGAAGAUCCUGCUGGCAGUGUGUGAGAAGGCCGCCGGGACCACCAACGCUUACGAACGCCACCGUGUCCUCCUGAUGUAUCACCUCUUUGUGCACCUGCUGCUCAGGGAGGUGAAGGACGGACUGGGAGGAGCCUGGGCCUUCGUCCUCAGAGACGUCAUCUACACGCUCAUCCAUUUUAUCAACAGCCGGCUGGUGCACGCCCACGCACGCAGAUCAUUCCAAUUGGAUGAAGUCUCCAACCGAAGCUUGUCGUUGUGCUGUGACCUCCUGACCUCUGUGUGCCAGGCUGCACUGCAGUUCUGUGCCGACGCUCUAGACUGCCACCUGCAGGUCAUUGUUGGCACUCUCACAGCACAGGUGACCAGCCAGCCAGCCAUCUCACAACAGGUGCUCAGUCUGCUGCACCUUCUUGUCGUCCACAAUCGAGAGAAGCUGAAAGCCGCCAUCUGCAAGUUGGAGCCUUUCCCUGACCUCCCUGAAUUCCGAGAGCUGCGCUCUGUCCAGAACCUUCUCAAAUACAACGGGGGCACCUUCACCUUGAGACAGGAGAUAUCCCACUUCCUGUCGGUGACAUCGCCGGACUCCUUACCGCUGACCAGGCUGGAAGGACUGAGGCAACUGACCCAAAAGCUGCACGAGAACAAGGAGCAGAUCCGAGAGCUCCUGAAGGAAUGUCACGCCGAGCCCACCGGCAGCAUGCUGCUCCAGCUGGUCCUCAAGCUGCUGCAGCUCUGCAAGCUGGCGGCCAACCACCCCGCAGGAAGUGACAUCCUAGAGGCGGCGGGGAGUUGUCUGGGAGAAUUGGGCCCUGUGGAUUUCUCCACCAUCGCGUUGCUCCACGGCAGAGACCCCCUCUACGAGAAGGCCGCGUCCGUUUUCCCGUCCAGCGACCCGCAGCGUGUCUACAUCGUCCUGGACUGCAUGAACGAGGCCCUGGUUCACCAGCGCAUGGAGGUGAGGCAGGCUGCAGCUCAGUCGGUGAAGAACAUCCUGGCCACUGAGUCCGGACUCAGCUUCUGGGAGGACUACAAACACAGCAGAGACCCCAUGCUGGCCUACCUCAACCCCUUUCGCAAAGCCAAGAAGCAGGCGGCAGCUGUGAGCGCGGAGGAGAGCUCGAAGGCCAGGGAGCAACUGGACAACCAGGACUUGUGGAUCCCACAGAUGGGCCAACACCAAGUCUGGCUCAAGUCUCUGUGCGCCGCCCUGCUGGACAGUGGCGGUACCAAGCAGGAGGCUCUUCUCCUGGCACGACCUUUAUGUCUGGUGAGCGUGGAUUGUUGCCAGAGGCUGCUGCCGCUCAUCAUCCAUGCCAUCCUCCUGGACGACUCUCAGGGUUCCUGGAGAGACUCGCUCUCUUUUCAUAUUCGGGACUUCUUCACUUUUUGUUCCAGAAGUGCUCAGGCCUCCAGCCGCUCCACCACACCGCUCAUCCCCGACUCUGAGACAGACACUGCCAGCCAAGGGUCUCUGGACAAGGCGUCUCUGCGCACCAUGCUGGCAGUGGUGGACUACCUGAGACACCAGCACAGACCUCUGGGCUCUGCCAGCGAGUCUUGUGCCACAGUCUGCGACUCCAACUUCUGGCUGGACCUCAACUACCUGCAGGUGGCCAAAGCUGCUCAGUCAUGCUCGGCUCACUUCACAGCCCUGCUCUACACCGAGGUCUACGUGGACAAGAUCAAGCUGACUUUGGAGGAGAGCCGCAGGACCAAAGGCAGGGCCACGCGUAAGAUGGUCUUUGAAGAGAACAGCCAGCACGGCACCAUCUGUAGUCUGACUGAGAGAAGCAUGGAGGACACCAACAUCAGCCUGCAGGAGUUGCUGAUUGACGUCUACAGGAGCAUCGGCGAGCCUGACAGUCUGUAUGGGUGUGGUGGAGAGACCAUGACCAGUCCCCUGACAAGGAUUCGAACGUACGAGCAUGAAUGUAUGUGGGGCAAGGCCCUGAGCUCCUACGACCUCCACUCCACCCUGCCGGACGCCACUCGACAAGUGGGGAUUGUGGAGGGCCUGCAGAACUUUGGUCUGAGCAGCAUCCUCAGCACCUACCUGAAGGGUCUGGAGAGUGAAGGUGUGGAGUGGGGAGCUGAGCUGAGAGAGCUGCGCUUCCAGGCCGCCUGGAGAACUACUCAGUGGGACUGUCACCUGUCUGACAGGAGUGAGAAAUGCAGAGCAGGCUUUCACGAGUCGGUGUUCUGCGCCUUGCAAGCCCUGAGGGACGGCGAGUUCUCGGUGUUGGAUCACACCCUCGAACAGGCCAGGAGCGGUGAGGUGGAGGAGCUGUGUCGAGGCAGUCUGGAGGCCGUGUGGUCUCUGUACCCGGCACUUAGGAACCUGCAGAGCAUCAGGGAGCUGGAGAGCGCCAAGCUGCUUUUCUCCAGACCCUUCUCCGACCUGGCCGUGAAGGACUUGUGUGACCAGUGGAGGACACACUCCCAGCUGCUGGCCGACAGCGACUUUGCUCUGGUGGAGCCCAUCCUGGCCCUGCGCUCCGUGUCCCACCACCUCCUGAUGUCCAAGGCGCUGGACGCCGACCGGAACCAGUACCUCGGCUCCGUGCUCACUGACCACCUGCUGGAGCUCUGCAGGCUGGCGCGUAAAGCCGGAAAUACUCAGCUGGCAGAGCGGGCAGUUUUCCAGAUGAAGCAACACGGAGUUGGAGGACCGCUGGCGUUGUCGCCCGUGUCGCCAUGGCAACUGGAGGAGGCCCAGGUGUUCUGGGCCAAGAGAGAACAUGGUCUUGCUUUGGGCCUGCUGAGACAGAUGAUCCACAAUCUGGAGGAUAAGGUGGACCUCAAUCCUUCUCUGCUCCCGGUCUUCACCGAGUGUCUCAGGCUCUGCGGGAACUGGCUGGCCGAAACGUGCCAGGAAAGUCCCGGAGUCAUUUUGGAGAAGUACCUGGAAAGGGCCGUGGACGUGAUGGAGGAGGACUCCGGCGUGCAGGACGCCCGCUCGCUGGAUCAGAGAACCGAGGCCUUCUUGUCACUCGCCCGGUUUUCCGACGCCCAGUACCAGAGCAUCGACAAGUACAUGACCUCCUCGGAGUUUGAGAACAAGCAGGCCCUGUUGGAGAAGGCCAAAGAAGAGGUGGACCUGAUGAAGCAGCAGAAGGUGGUGUCCAACAGGUACACGGUGAAGGUGCAACGGGAGCUGGAGUUGGACCAGAAGGCUCUCUCCAACCUGCAGGCAGACCGCCUGCGCUUCCUGUGCAAGGCGGUGGAGAACUACACGCAGUGUCUGGGCCAGGGCGAGGCACACGACACCUGGGUGUUCCGCCUGGCCUCGCUCUGGCUGGAGAACGCCGACGUCAGAGCCGUCAACCACCUGAUGAAGAAAGGAGUGAAGAAGAUCCCGUCCUACAAGUUCCUGCCUCUCAUGUACCAGCUGGCUGCACGCAUGGGAACCAAGAUUACUUCCAGCACUGGAGAGGAUGUGGGCUUCCAUGAUGUCCUCAGUGACUUGAUCUACCGCUCCUCCCUGGAACACCCUCACCACACUCUCUUCAUCAUCUUUGCGCUGGUCAACGCCAAAAAGGAUGAAACAUUGUGCAGGAGCCGCCUGCCAAAGAGCAGUCCUAGACAGUCGUCACCCUUCGACAUGGAGCGUACAGAUGUGGCCAGGAAGAUCAUGGAGGCGGUGAGGAAGAAGAAAGGCGAGAUGAUUUAUGGGAUGGAGCGUCUGUGUGACGCCUACAUCACGCUGGCCUACAUGGACGCCAGCAGACACAAGCUGGAGAAGAAGGCCAUUCCCAUCCCUGCAGACCAGCCCAUCCUACACAUCAAGGACCUGGACGCGGUCGCCAUGCCAACCCUGGAGAUCAAGGUGGAUCCUUCAGGUUGCUAUGACGACGUGGUAACCAUCAGAUCCUUCGUACCUCACUACCACCUGGUGGGAGGUGUCAACCUGCCCAAAAUCAUCGACUGUGUGGGCUCGGACGGCAGGAGCAGGAGGCAGCUGGUCAAGGGCAAGGAUGACCUGCGCCAAGACGCGGUCAUGCAGCAGGUGUUCUCCAUGUGCUCCAUGCUGCUGCAGCGCAACAUGGACACUCGGAAGAGGAAGCUCAACAUCAGGCGAUACAAGGUAGUUCCCUUCUCGCAGUGCAGCGGGGUUCUAGAAUGGUGUUCUGGCACGCUGCCCCUGGGAGAGUUCCUAGUGGACCCCAAAAAAGGAGCCCACAAACGCUAUCGGCCUCAGGACACGUCCAGCCUGGCCUGCCGCAAGAAGAUGAUGGAGGCUCAGAAGCUGGGCUUUGACCACACCAUUCAGGUCUUCAUGGAGGUGUGCUCCACCUUCAAGCCCGUCUUCCGAUACUUCUGCAUGGAGCGCUUCCUGGACCCCGCCGUCUGGAUGGAGAGACGCCUGGCCUACACCCGCAGUGUGGCCACCUCCUCCAUAGUGGGAUACAUCCUGGGUCUGGGGGACCGACACAUCCAGAACAUCCUGAUAGACGAGCAGACUGCAGAACUGGUGCACAUCGACUUAGGUGUGGCCUUUGAGCAAGGCAAGAUUCUGCCCACCCCCGAGACCGUGCCCUUCAGACUCACCAGGGACAUUGUGGACGGCAUGGGCAUCACUGGAGUGGAGGGGGUCUUCAGGAGAUGUUGUGAGAAGACCAUGGAGGUGAUGAGGAUCUCCCAAGAAGCUCUGCUCACCAUUGUGGAGGUGCUGCUGUAUGACCCUUUGUUUGACUGGACCAUGAACCCCCUGAAGGCCUUCCACCUGCAGCAUGACGAGCAGCAGGAGCUCAACGCCACGCUCACCUCCACCAUGGCGGGAGACGUCAUGGACAACCAGCGUAGACCAAGUGACAGUCAGAGCUUCAACAAGGUUGCGGAGCGAGUGCUGCUGCGACUGCAGGAGAAGCUGAAAGGAGUGGAGGGCGGCUCGGUGCUGAGUGUGGGCGGUCAGGUCAACCUUCUCAUCCAGCAGGCCAUGGACCCCAAAAACCUCAGCAGACUCUUUGCAGGCUGGCAGGCGUGGGUGUAGACCCCAUUCACAGUGGGUGUAGACCCCAUUCACAGUGGGUGUAGACCCCAUUCACAGUGGGUGUAGACCUCAUUCACAGUGGGUGUAGACCCCAUUCACAGUGGGUGUAGACCUCAUUCACAGUGGGUGUAGACCUCAUUCACAGUGGGUGUAGACCCCAUUGACUGCUCUGUAUUAUAUGUAAAAGGACAUUCCAAUGAAUGUUUUUAUGCAACUUUGAAGUCAUGAAAUCCUUCCUCUAAUGUCGUGUUGUUAAGUGAAAUUAAGCAAAGUGGUUAUUAUUCAUUAUUGAACAAUUUCAACUUUCUCUCAUCAAAUAUUGUUUUUUUGUUGUUUUUUUUCUUACAUUUUCCACCGUUGUUUUUGUUCUAAUGUAAGAAUGUAAUAAAAUAAUAUGAU